GAGAAAUUAAGGAAAGGGGGGGGGAGAAAGCCUAGAGUCGAUGUUCCAGGCGGGCGGCGAUCCGGUUGGGCGCGCCCGGCCUCAUACGGAGUUUAGUCUAGUCCACCUACGAAUUAGUCACUUCAGCAUGUUUCGGUGGCCCAGAUUCACAGAUGGCUUUAAUCAAUGCUUCUCUGCUUGUUCUUCUCAGGCAUGAUCCAUUUGAGUCGGCCUGUACGCAGUUCGAAAAGAUUGAAGUGGCUGACGUGCUGUCAGAGAUUCUGCAUCUACUCAAGUAGCGACACUGACACCUGUCACGCUCGUAUCGGACUCAAACUCGCGCUGGGCCUCCCUCAUAGUGUCAAUCGAUUAUCACCAACUGAAUGCACAACCGAAAGCAUACAAAAGACGUCCCUUGAUCACUGCGACGCCCAGGUACAGACCGUGGACGUGGUGCAGAUCUUGAUACCAGGAACCAGACUGGGAAAUCGACGUCGGAAGACCCGCUGCGAGGCAUUGCUUAGCCCUGUCGUUACUAUAUAUAUCCUACGACGACGACCUCACCUAAAUUUCAAGUAUUGUCUGGAGUACGUAGAGCAUUGCUUUCGGGCCUCGACUGGACCCUGAUUGCCAUGAGGAAUGAAUCAGUCACAUGAUAAUUCAGAUCACAGCUGAAACGGCAGAACGGAUUUGAUUUUAAUCUGGACUGCCAAAACUCCCGAAGUCACGCCAUGGCAAUGGCACGAUGUACUGCUAUGCAAUUUCGUUUGACCUCCUUAU